AUGGGUAAAGUUGAAAGUAAAAGUUCCAGAAGUACAACUGGAACAACGACAGCGAAGACUCAGUCCUAUCUCCUCGUUGCUGCGUUCGACUUUGGUACAACGUACAGUGGCUAUGCGUUUUCUUUCCGAAAUGACCCGCUAAAAGUGCAUACCAACCAGACUUGGUAUUCCGGAGGUGCAGGAAAUCUGAUAUCUCUCAAGACGUCAACAAGCUUGCUUAUUAAUCCUGAGGGCGAGUUUGACUCUUUUGGAUUUCAAGCUGAAGACAGCUAUGCGAAUAAAGCAGAAGAUGACAAUCACCAUGGAUGGCGACAAGUCAUGUUUUUCAGUCGAAGCUGGGGAAUACAAAUUAUGAAAGCGGUUCUUGCGGACCUGUGUAUACCUACACUUUCAAGAACCACUACUGUUGAGGACAUAGAAGGCAACUCUCAUCAAGCUCUGCCAAUAUUCUCCAUGGCGAUCAAGUUUCUACAAACACAUCUCCUACAGGCGGUAGCAAACCAGACGGUGGGUGUGCUAGAAAAGGACAUUUGCUACGUCAUCACGGUGCCCGCUAUCUGGGAUGACAAUGCAAAGGAGUUCAUGAGAACGGCUGUCAAAGAGACUGGUAUCGAUGAAACCCGAGUAACACUUGCACUCGAACCGGAAGCUGCCUCGAUCUGGUGUGAGACACUUGAUGUUGACACAAGGGCUGCGCUGGCCGGAACCGGAACUCAGUAUAUGGUCAUUGAUCUAGGAGGUGGCACCGCAGAUAUUUCUAUCCAGGAAAAGGAACAGGGCGGCACUCUUAAGGAAAUACAUAAGCCGACCGGUGGGCCAUGGGGUGGCACCUAUGUUGACGCAAAAUAUCUAAAAUUCUUGGAACACAUUUUUGGAGAGAAGGCUAUAACUUCACUUAAGACCGAGGAAAUGGCCGACUACUUUGACGUCAUCAGGGAAUUUGAAACAAAGAAACGUACGUUUAGCGUACAGACAGAAGACAAAUUUACGUUCAAAAUAUCUGCAACCACUAGGAAGCUUUCCGAGAAGUUUACAGGACAAAAUCUAGAGCAGAGGAUAGGUAGCCUUGGAUAUGGCGAUUCAGUUAUUGUGAAAGGUGGAGACAAGUUGCGAGUUGAGCCUGACAUCGUUCGUACUUGGUUUGACGGUCCUAUAGACAAUCUUAUUGGUCACGUAAAGAACCUUCUCAAGGAGCCCAAGCUGAUAGCAGUGCAGACCGUUGUGCUGGUUGGUGGUUUCGGGGAGAGCGCGUACGUCCAAGAGAAGCUGAGGUGUGAGAUCCUCGACAAGCGACUGAUUGUCCCUGCUGAGGCGGGUCUCGCUGUUCUGAAAGGGUCCGUCAUGUUCGGACAGAACCCAGCGAUUAUCACAUAAAGGGUGAUGAAAUACACGUACGGAGUUUGUGUACAGAUGCU